AUGAGAGCCGGGCACGCCAAGUCUAUGCAAUGGUCAACCAUUGCCAGCCCCGGUAGCCAUCCUGGAUCUCCAAAGUGUCUUCUGACCGCACGCACCUUCGCACACAAGCUCCAAAGUCGCCAUCAGUUUUGGACGGGCCAUGAUCAGAAGUCCAACUUCCACGCCACGAGAACGCGUCUAGGCUGGCAGACCCUCGACGCCGGGCUUGCUCCACGCUCACAGACCUUGCGCGUCUCGAGAGCAUUCGCUUUGCACGUGCUGUCUGCAAAACCUUACAACCAUGCUCAAUUCGGCGUUGCAAGAACCUGGGCAGAGCGCUCGCCUGUGCGAUUGCAUCGCAAGCGCGCGCUUUCCAGCGUUGCUUCUCCGCCGGCGGCCAUGAUGAGUGAGCCCCCGGACUCAUACAAUGCAAUUGUAACUGAUCACACCGGCGCAGACCGACGUGAAGAUUUGGGAGCUCACGACGGUGACAGCUCGAUAUCCGGAGAUCACAAAAGCAAGCAUAAACUACCUUCAGACAUCAGCGAGAAGCUUGGCGUCCGUCGAACCAUCUUGAUCAGGGUCAGAGAUCACUCAGCGGCUUUGGAAAUGCUGGAGACCUUGAGCGAGAGGCUAUACAAUCGCUUCGUACAAAACGUCAGAAAUUCGUCUAGACGAGGACUAUCGUGCUGGGCCGAAGCUCUGUUGCAAUGCUGCCACGAGUUCGGCGACUGCAAGGUCAUUGCAUACCAUUCGCUUCAAUGGGCUCGCAUUCCCGGUGCCGUAUGGAAAGGCAGACAGCGAACGUAUUGGAUUUGGGCCAAAUUGGAGGCGGGGUGUCCUGCGAUAGAGCUGGGGUUCUCGCACGAUGUGGGUAUUCAACAAAGUAUCUCGCAGACUGCCGCAGAUGCUCGCAUCAUUACAGACAUCAGAGUGACACUGCUUGGUCGGAUUGACGAGAGACGGCUGGCGCAAGCUAACCCGGCGGAAGCCAUCAGCGGUCGACAGGAAGCGAAUUUUCUGGCAGACAUGGCAGCCACAGUAGCCAGCCGAGUCUGUGAGGCCAUGAAGUUCCAGACAGUCGACGAUGCACUAUCUGCCAUAGCAGAGACGAUGCUGCGAGUAUUGGAGUUCCGGUCACAUCCACUUGUCUUGCAUAGAGUAGGUCUGAUCGCACGCAACGCCACGUCUCAGACAGUGACCCUCGUCAAUGCAACAUGGAAGACAAGCACAUCCGGAGUUGGGAACGAGGUUGAAGUUACUUUCGAUCACAAAUCCUUUGUCCACAACCAGGACAUGAGUACAGAGGCUCGAGAUGAGGAUCAUGAAGAGCCUGGCGAUGGAUUCGACAUUCAAGCUGAUGUGAAUCAGGCUUCUUCAGGGAAGAGGGAAGUAUCGUCUGAUGUCACCGGCCAUGGUGCGCUACAGUCCGUCGACGACAGUGUCACUGCGCUCGCUCAUGAUGGGAACGGCCUCACAUUGAGACCCGCUGACUUCCUCCCAUUGCAAAGGUCGCACCUCCACGUGCCACUGUAUCAGAACCAAUUGGUCCUUGAGAGAGGAGACAAGAAACAACUGUCAUUCCGGAAGUUGUCCUCCAAACCCAUCGAAAUUCAUCUGGGCGUGCGAAAUCUGAAAAUUUCUCUCGCAUGGUCACCUGAGCAGUGGAAAACUGUUGCCAAGGUCACCCCCCUCGAGCUGGCUCAGGAUAUCGAAGAUCAUUUGGUAAACAAAACCAAGAACAGCAUCACAUCGUGUAGCGAGGCUAUGAAUACUCUCAUCGCAAACCUGCCAGGUAACCCUAGUGUUCGGUUCGAGUUCACGACCCACCUGGACGGAUACGGUGGUAUUGGAGAAGCGAAAGUCAGUUUCUUCCAACCGCACCACGACACCAUACAUUUAUUCCUGCCGGGACUUUCGGUGAAUAAGCCAGGGAGGCGUUUGAUGGUAAUGGUGAUCUUGAGGGGGAACGUGGUUGCUCAGGACAGCCAGAAUCAGUCUAUCCAGAAGGCAUUGCAAUCCGUUGUUGACUCGCUCGAACCUUUCGUCAGAGAUAUCUUUAAAGACGCCCAGACACAGGAUUCGCAACACGCGGCACAACUAAUUGCCACUCGCGUUUUGCAUGAACCAAGGGUCUCCGCGGGAGUGCUAAAGGUGAAUCGUGUAGACAGCACAAUCGUCACACAAGCUCCUGGUGAAUCCGAUAGUGCCGUACGGGCGAGUGCCGCUAGAGGUGCCAACAAUGAAGCAAUUUUCGUUGCGCUGGGCAGCAAUAUUGGGGAUCGUGUCACCAGCAUCGAGGAUGCUUUGCGGAUUCUGGAUAGCAAUGACAAGAUCAGAGUGCUGCAGACAAGUCCGCUCUACGAGACAGAACCGAUGUACGUCGAGGACCAAGAGCGGUUCCUCAACGGAGUUUGUAAGAUCGAGACGGAGCUGGAACCUGUCGAACUAUUGAACACCCUUCAAGCUGUUGAAUCAGGUCUUGGUAGAGUCAAGCUCAUUGACAAGGGCCCACGAAAUAUUGACCUGGAUAUCGUUGCUUACGGACAACGAAUCGUGGAAACAAACCGCUUGAUAGUGCCCCAUCGGCUGAUGCUAGAGAGAGAAUUCGUGCUGCGACCAUUAUGCGACCUGGCCAACGACUUCAACCAUCCUCAAAGCGGCACAGAAGUAGCGGCACAUUUACUGAGGCUCCCGCCUGCAGACACGCCCAUGUACCCCCUGACGCCGCUCGCACCUGGCCUGGAUGCUCACAGCCUGAACCCAGCAAGGAAGACAAUGGUGAUGUCCAUACUCAACGUCACACCCGACUCGUUCUCAGACGGCGGUAUCCACCAACCGACUGAAGUGGAAGCCCUCAAGACGACUGUCGCUGCCCACAUCGCAGCAGGCGCCAAGAUUAUCGACAUCGGCGGCCAAUCUUCCAGACCCAACGCUCCCGAUGUCUCGCCAGAAGAAGAGAUUGCACGCAUCCUGCCAGCGAUUGAAGCCAUCAAAUCACUGCCAGAAGCUUCAAAGGUGGCCAUCUCAAUCGACACAUACCGAGCGGCAGUUGCAGAAGCAGCAAUCAAUGCCGGAGCGCACAUGAUCAAUGACAUCUCAGCAGGCAUGCUCGACCCCGACAUGCUCUCAACCAUCGCACGCCUGGGCUGUACCUACAUCAUGAUGCACAUGCGCGGCACACCAGCCACGAUGCAGAACGACGAGAACACGUCCUACCCAGACGGCCUCAUUUCCACCAUCGCCAGCGAGCUCACAGCCCGCCUCAAAGCAGCAGAAGAAGCAGGCAUUCGCCGCUGGCGCAUCAUCCUCGACCCUGGCAUCGGCUUCGCAAAGGAUACCGGGCAGAAUCUGGACAUUCUUUGUAAAUUCCGUAGUUUACGCUAUGAUGAACGGCUACGCACGUAUCCCUGGCUGGUAGGCAGCAGUCGGAAAGGAUUCAUUGGUAAGAUCACUGGAGUCGAGAAUGCUGCUGACAGAGUCAGUGGUACGGCGGCGACUGUGACAGCGGCCGUGCAAGGUGGGGCGGAGAUUGUGCGGGUGCACGAUGUGGAGGAGAUGGUGAGGGUUGUGAAGAUGGCUGAUGCGAUGUAUAGAGGACUGUCUACGGAGAAAUCGGUGACGUAA